AUGAGCUCCGAAGAAAUAGCACCUCCGCGACUCACACUCGUUCCGCAAGUCCUUUUCCAGGGCGCUGCUCAUCUGCAUGUUGCUCAUUGGGAAGCCGUCGAGUUCUCCACAAUGAACGGAGGACUGAUCAGUCUCGCCCAAGCGCUCCGUGGUGACGUCGCCGAGCUCGUGGAACAGGAUUCCCCGGCCUUUCCUACGGGGAGCGUAUCCUCCAAGAUCUCAUUGAGAAUCCAGUUGGAAGAUCAUCCGCCGUUUUACCACCGUCAGGUGAUGGCCCUUCGGGCCAACAAAUCAGCGGACUCUAUCUCGCGAGGCAAGCUAGCCACCACGAUUGCAAAGGAGACGUGCCGCUAUGUCACGCACGAAAUGAGGAUGGGCGCAUAUACCUUCUCGUUUGACGAGGUCUUUUUAUGGAAGCUUCGGCGCGUGUCGAAGGGAUCGUGGCAGCCCGAGUUCUACGUCUUCCUUUGA